AUGAACUUCAGUUCCAUCUUACCCCUUCGAUGUGCGAAUCAGGCUGUUGGCGAGUCUUGCAAAUCCGAAGGUUUGUUUGCUUGCAAAAAUUGCAAGCUCGUGGCGUAUUGUGGAGCAGAUUGCCAACGGCUGCACUGGCCCAUUCACAAAGUAGAAUGCAGAAGUCCUCUCAAUAAGUCAAGCUGGACGCCAGAGUGGGACCGUGCCAAUCGGGCACCGAUAUGGGCGAACGGUGAUGCCUCGAGGAACCUACACAACCCCUUCGGCUCUAGCAAGUAUCUUUGGGGAAAUGUCCCAGCAAUCGACAUCCUGCGAGUACUUGAAAACGAAGGCCAGGGGUACGACAAAGAUAUCAAAUUGCUCUUUGCGGCCUCCGGUGACCUCAGGAACUUGAUCAAGACUAUCCGUAGUUUACCGGAUUCUUUCAGUCGCCAAAUGGACGUCACAGUCAACGACUGGGAGUUUGAUGUCGUGGCGCGCAACGCGGUGAUACUUCUUUUGGUUUUCGCUUCUCUCAACGACAAAACUUCGAAUCAACCUUCAUUUGACUCUGCAGUCGAGGCACUAAUCCAUGUAUGGUACUCCGCCUUUAUUCCAAAAAGCUUGGCUACUUCAAUGAGAAGUAAAAUUGGUAAGCUGCUCGGAGACAGUCGCACUCACACUACAGAGGCUGUACAUCAAGGCAUGGUCAGGAAAACCUGGACAUUCUCUCGAUCCAAGAUUUUGUCCAUUACGCUUCCGCCAGAUAAGUGGCCAUUGGUCGCAGAGUAUCUCAAGGUUCCCGCUGGAUUGACACAACAAUCUGCAAAGAAAAUCCGCGAAGCGGUGAUGUUGUCCCCAGAGAGAGCUGAUUAUAGGGACAGAGGGUAUUACAAGGAUGCAAGCCCAUCCAUGCGCCUCGCAAAGCGAAGAUUUCGGCGUGAUGGCUUGUUGCUCCCCUUUGGCCAUCCUCGGACUGACUUCGAUAUUCCCAAUCCAACAAUGUUCCAGACAGGUGACUGCUGGCCUUUCGACGACAAGUCAGAUCCCAUGGCGGGUUGGUGUAUCAGAGAUGUCUAUCAAAUUCCAUGGAAGCCGUCUUGCGACAUAUACGGGAAGUUGUUCGUGUAUUUGCGUGAGGAGUUUCAGGCGUUCCUAUACCGCUUGUUCAACCUCAAUCUGCGUCUCGAAUUAUUCAACGUCGAUGCAACCACGCUCCCACAGCUACUAGUGCCACAGUCGUAUGACAGGAUCGAGGUCUCAAAUAUAUCAGAUGCGGGUUACGUAGGGACACGUCGCGUUUUGUCUCUCUUUGCUCCACUCCUCCAGGCAACAGCAGAGAAUGCUGAUGCAACGAUCAUAACCUGCUACUUAAACGCGGUGGUGGAAAUGGCAAAAAUGACAGGAACAGAUACGAUGCCUGAUAUCGAUUUCCUGGCCCAGUAUCUACCCGGAAGUUUAGAUAUUGUCAGGGUUUUACGCCAAGGAGCAGACUUUUACAAAGCUUGGGACAGUCGGACACUCGCAUUGGACGCUGAAACCUACUUCCAAAUGUACAUGAAACUCCAAAAGUUCGAGUCUGCGGCUAGUGGCGCAGGAUUGAUGAUAAAGGAGAGAAACACGAUUGUAGAACCAUGGCCUCUGAAGCUAAAGCUAAAACCAGACGAGAUUGGUUCGCAGGAGGAAUUCGAUCUUCUGCUUUCAUCUUGCUCCAGUGGAAUCGAACACUAUACAGAAUGGCGGAGACUAUGGUAG